CGAGUGCCUCGCUUUGCUUUGCUCCCUUCAAACACCAAAACCAACACACACAAACAGACAAUACACAAAUCACUUAUAUACCUUCCAUAUAUAUACACCUUUAUUAUUAUUUGUUGAGAAAUCAAGUAAUGCUAUAGUAAAUAAUAUAGCCAUUAAUUAAUUUGAUUUUUAUGUGGUAUAAAAAUCAAAUUAAUUAAUCCUAUAUAGAAAUAUGGGAAGGGCUCCUUGUUGUGAGAAAGUGGGGUUGAAAAAGGGAAGGUGGACAGAAGAAGAGGAUGAACUAUUAACAAAGUAUAUUCAAGUCAACGGUGAAGGUUCAUGGAGGUCAUUGCCCAAAAAUGCAGGAUUAUUAAGGUGUGGAAAGAGUUGCAGAUUAAGAUGGAUUAAUUAUUUGAAAGCUGGGCUUAAGAGAGGCAACAUUUCUUCUGAAGAGGAAGAUCUCAUUGUCAAGUUGCAUACAACUUUUGGCAACAGGUGGUCUUUGAUAGCGAGUCAUUUGCCGGGAAGAACAGACAAUGAAAUCAAGAACUAUUGGAACUCUCACUUGAGUAGGAAAAUCUACAGUUUUCGGAGAGCAACUAGCCUAGACACCACCCACAUAGGGUCCACCGAUACACCCAACAAUGUUCCCGUUUAUCCAAAGCCUAAACCUGGUAGAACAAGCCGUUGGGCCAUGAAGAAGAACAAAACCUACAUACACAACAAUAAGGGUAACAAUAAUAAUAAUAAUAUUAAUAACAACCAAAAUAAUCAAAAAGACGAAAUUGCCCUUCGCCAACUCAGCCCCCGAGAAAAAGAAGAUGAUGCUGUUCCAACUCCACCAACUCCUUCGCUUGAGAGUGAGGGUUUUUGCAACACUGUUGAGGAUCUCAUGGUGUUGGAUUUGGACCCUAACAACAACAAUAAUAAUGGGGUGGAAAAAGAACAAGAAGAAGAAAAGGAAAAAGAAAAAGUUCAGUGCCCUACUACGUAUGAGAAAGAAAAGAAGGACACGUUGUUAGGACCAUAUGAUGAACAAGUUGAAGAUCUUACUAAUAAUAUUAAUAAUAAUGGCGGUGGGGCGUUGAGCCUUGAUGACAUGUUGGACAAUUUCAUGUUGGAAGAAAUUGUAUGUGGGGUUCACAACUUAAAUGAAGAUAUUGAAAUCAAUAAUAAUAAUAAUAAUAAUAAUAAUAAUAAUAAUAAUAAUAAUAGUGAAGAGUGGAAUAAUUUAGGGUUAGAUGAAUAUUUGGAUUGGGAGAGUGUUAUGGAGUUAAUGAAUAAUAAUAAUAAUAGUGAGUCAUCAGAGGGUUGUUAUUUGGAGCAGAAAGAAAAUUUGCUGACGUGGCUGUGGAAAGAUGAUGAUGAUUGGGAAAGUGACUGCAUGAAGUUGGGGGAAAACAUGGAUAGUAGUGAGAAACAAAAUGAUGAUGAUGUUGUUGCUUGGUUUCUCUCUUGA